AUGCAAUUUCAAUUUAUAAUUCUUAUUCUGAUAUGUCUACAUAUCGAUGUCUUCAGUAGUUCAAAUACUAAUAAUAAUUCAGCAACAAAAGCAUCACAAACAACAUCGCUCAUUAAUCCGUAUCAUGCACGUGAUCACAUUGUUAAUCCACAUAACUUUUCUUAUUUACUAAAUCCGGGAUACUCCGUAUGUAACAAUAGUAAUUCACCUGUUUAUCUAUUCGUUUAUGUUCAUUCUGGUCCGACUAAUUACCAACGUCGAGUUGUUAUACGUGAAACAUGGGCCACAAGAACAUUGUUUCCUGACUUACGCAUCGUUUUUAUGAUCGGUAAAACAAAUGACAAUACUGUAAUGAAAGCUAUUCAAUAUGAAAAUGAAAUGUAUCAAGACAUUGUUCAAGAAGAUUUUAUUGAUGCAUACAAAAAUUUAACAUUUAAAGGUGUUAUGGCAUUAAAAUGGAUAUCGGUAUAUUGUUCACAAACUAAAUAUGUUCUAAAAGUUGACGAUGAUAUCGUUGUUAAUACAUUUACAUUGAUCAAUCACUUAAAAUUUCUUGAUAGAAAUAAUCUAAAUAAACAUACUACAAUACUUUGUUUAUUAUGGCAAGCUAUGGGUGUUAUGAGAGAUAGUAAAUCCAAAUGGUAUUUAAGUAAAGAAGAUUUUCCAUUGGAUAAAUUUCCGCCAUAUUGUAGUGGAUCAGCUUUUAUUCUAACUGGUGAUAUGCCUGCUAAGAUGUACAAUGCUAGUCUUUAUGUUCCCUUCUUUUGGGUUGAUGAUUAUUAUAUAACUGGCGCUGUUGCUAGUGCUGCUAAUGUAACAUAUGCUCAACUCGGGUCGCUUUACACAAUACCACAACAAUUAGCGCACACACGGUUUAUGUCAUCGAAGUCGUUUUAUACCAUUAUGUUUGGACAUUUUCCUGGUUCAAUGAAUAAUAUGCGUGAAAUUUGGCGUCGAAUAUUAUCGAUGCAAAAAUAUAAAUUUCCAACGCGUGUUGAAGUAUUUUCAUUUACUUGGGACGAAAAAAUACAUCAGAAUGACAAUACAAUAAACUAA